GAGGUUGCGACAUUGCUUAGGAGUGUCGGAUAAUAGCCGAGUGUGUGCGAGUUAUUUCGUGUAUAUAGUUGAACGCAAGUAAAAGGAGAAAGAUCAUGGGAUCGUCGCCGUACGGAACGGGAACAAAGUGCAUCAGAUGGGCGUUCGUCGUCUGCAACUUCAUUUUUCUGGUUCUUGGAGCCGUUGCCUUUAGCAUUGGAGUGUGGGGUGUCGUGGUUGGGACUGACUAUGAUGUCAUCACGGGCAGCGAGACCGUGUCGUUUGCUGCCCUGCUGCUCGUCGGAGGGAUCAUCACGAUGGUCGUGGCGUCGAUUGGAAUCAUCGGGGCUUGUGCCAUGUGGAGGCCUCUUCUUCUA